GUUUAACCAGUUAUUGCUCAAGCGACUCAAAAAAAAGUCGCGCGUUCCAAGUCGUCCUACAGAUCUCGGCUGCUCGUCAAUCAAAACUAUAAGAAAUGGCCUCCGCAAUUCAGGCGAUCAACCCCAAUUCCGAGGUUGCCCGACGAGGACAAGCUCUUCAAAUGAACAUUACAGCUGCCAUUGGCUUGCAAGAUGUUCUCAAGUCCAAUCUCGGUCCCAAAGGUACCAUCAAGAUGCUUGUAGAUGGCGCAGGAGCUAUCAAGCUCACUAAGGAUGGUAAAGUUCUUUUAUCAGAAAUGCAAAUUCAAAAUCCUACUGCUGCCAUGAUUGCCAAGGCUGCCACUGCACAGGAUGAAAUCACUGGUGAUGGAACUACAUCUGUUGUUCUUAUGGUCGGUGAACUUCUCAAGCAAGCGGAGAGAUACGUCUCAGAAGGCCUUCAUCCACGCGUUAUUACAGAAGGUUAUGAUCUGGCCAAAAAGGAGGCCUUGGAGUUCCUUGAGAAAUUCAAAACCGUUAAGGAAGAUAUUGACCGCGAAGCUUUGGUGUCGGUCGCUCGUACAUCCCUCCGUACUAAGGUCCACCGUUCUUUGGCCGAUUCUUUGACUGAAGCCGUUGUUGAUGGUGUUGUUACAAUCCACCGUGAAGGCGAGCCCAUUGAUCUCCACAUGGUUGAAGUUAUGAAGAUGCAACACAGAUCUGAAACUGACUCGCGACUCGUUCGUGGUUUGGUACUGGAUCACGGUGCUCGCCACCCUGAUAUGCCCAAGCGUGUUAAGAAUGCGUUCAUCCUUACACUCAAUGUCAGUUUGGAAUAUGAAAAGAGUGAAAUCAACUCUGGAUUCUUCUACUCUACCCCUGAACAACGCGAGAAGCUCGUAGAAUCCGAACGAAAGCAUGUUGACGACAAAAUCCGCAAGAUCGUAGAAUUCAAGAACACCGUCUGCUCUGGCGAAAACGCUGAUAAUGGAUUUGUGGUUAUCAACCAGAAGGGUGUUGACCCUCUUUCUUUGGAUAUCCUUGCCAAGAACAACAUUCUUGCUCUUCGCCGAGCAAAGAGACGCAACAUGGAGAGACUUCAGCUUGUUUGCGGUGGUGUUGCUCAGAACUCUGUAGAUGAUCUUACACCAGAUGUUCUUGGUUGGGCCGGUCUUGUGUACGAACACGUCCUUGGAGAAGAGAAGUUCACAUUCGUGGAGGAGGUCAAGGACCCCAAGAGUGUCACAUUGCUUAUCAAGGGACCUAACCCUCACUCCAUCACUCAAAUCAAUGAUGCUGUUCGCGAUGGUCUCCGAGCUGUCAAGAACGCAAUUGAGGAUAAAUCGCUUGUUGCUGGUGGUGGUGCUUUCCAAGUAGCUUGCUCUCAGCAUUUGAUUGAGUACAAGAAGCAGGUUAAGGGCCGCGCAAAGAUGGGUGUUCAAGCUUUUGCUGAUGCUCUCCUCGUUAUUCCCAAGGUCUUGGCACAGAACGGUGGUUUCGACGCACAAGAUGUGAUCGUUGCUCUUCAGGAAGAACAUGCUGAUGGUCACGUCGUUGGCAUUGAUCUUCAGACUGGUGAAACGACCGACCCUGUUCUUGAAGGUAUUUGGGACAACUAUCGAGUACACCGUCACAUGCUUCACUCUUGCUCUGUCAUUGCUGGCAACUUGCUACUUGUCGACGAAAUGAUGCGUGCCGGUAGAUCAUCCCUCAAAGGACCCGAAGGCCCAGGUCCACAAUAGACGUUUUUCUUUCACUGUUCCGAAUAAUCUUGAUCCUUUCGUUUAAACAUUUCUUAAAAAAAAAAGUAUAUCAAUCAUGAAACUUGUACGUAGCCGUAAACAACUUUGACAGGUGUCUUUUAUACACAGUUGAGGUUAAGUGGUUUUAAAAAACUUGAUCCUUCAAUGAAAAUCUAAAGCAUUGUCUCCUACACUGCGGAAUGCAUUAUAUCACACCUUUGUCUGUUGUCAACAUAACAAA